AUGGGCCGCGAGAGUAUGCUGCACAACAUCAACCGUACCCUUCAGAUUACGCUGGACGAUGGCAGGGAACUGACGGGUAAACUGCUCGUGUACGAUCGCCACAUGAAUGUCGUGCUGGGCGACGUCACGGAGAGCCGGGCGGAGACGAAGAAGAUGAAGGAGGCGGGCAUUAGUCCAAAGCGCAGCCUCGGGCUCGUGCUGCUGCGCGGCGAACACGUUAUCUCCGUCACGGUGCUAGGCAGCAGCGGGAAUAACGGGGACGCGGAUGUGGCGACAAAGGGGCGACCGGUGAACUUUGAGAAGGCGCCACGGGUGAAGCUGGCAGGUGCGAAGCGGGCACGGUAG